AUGAAAAUAUAAAAAUUUCGAGCAUCUGGUUUGUUUGUUUUUUUUUGUUUUGUUUUGAAUGAGUUCAUCGUUUACAUUCGGAAUAAUUGACAACAUUGAAUUAUUUUAUGAUUGUUGGAAAUGAUGAAUUCUUAAUUGUUGCUGGAAUCGAUUAAAAAUGAAUUCAGUGUUUCCAAAUAAACGUCUGUUGCAUGUCCAUCUUCCAAAUCAACAGCGGACAAUUAUUCCUGUACAGGAUGGACAAACUGUACGUGAUGCAUUGGCACGUGCAAUGAAAAAACGGCAAUUAACUGUGGCUAUGUGUUCGGUAUCAUCAUGUGAUACGAAUCUGCCUAUUGCAUGGGAUUCCGAUGUUGCCGAUUUGAAUAAUUGUAGCAAAAUCGAAGUACGAAUAAUGACACAUCAGAUACGUCGUUCAUUUUUUAAAUGGACCAAUUGUGAAUAUUGUCAGAAAAUACUAUUCACCUGUUUACGUUGUCAAACAUGUGGUAUUAAAUUCCAUUCACGUUGUUCAUCACACAUUUCACCAAUGUGUCAACCAACCAAUCAAUAUCUAUUACAUUUAUUACAACGUAAUGGUCGUAAUAUUGAUCGUAUGCGAAUGGAUAUUAAACGUUCAAAUUCGGUUAGUUCAGAUACUCGAGAACGGUCAUCAUCGGAACCGAACAUUACAAUCAAUCUGAUCAAAGAUGUUAAAUUGAUUGAUUCGAAUGAAAAAGAUAUUGCCGCCACUACAACAACGGUACGUGAACCACGGGCACGUUCUGCAGAUGCAAGUUCAUUGAAAAAAAUUCGUCGAAAUUCAGCUUCAAAUCGUGAAUCGAUAAAAGAUUGGGAAAUUCCAGAAUCAGAAAUACAAAUAAAAGAAUGUAUCGGCUCCGGUUCAUUCGGUACGGUUUUUCGUGGUCUAUGGCAUGGACCAGUGGCAGUGAAAAAAUUGAAAGUAGCUGAACCAACACAAGCACAAUUGUUUGAAUUUAAAAAUGAAUUGGCCGUAUUACGUAAAACACGUCAUGUGAAUAUUAUUCUAUUCAUGGGUUAUGUUUCAAAACCACAGCUGAUGAUUGUAACACAAUGGUGUGAAGGAUCAUCCCUUUAUAAACAUUUGCAUGUAAUUGAAACGAAUUUCAAAAUGAAUCAAAUUCUGGAUAUUGGUAAACAAACAGCGCAAGGAAUGGAUUAUCUACAUGCAAAGAAAAUUAUUCAUCGUGAUCUUAAAUCAAAUAACAUUUUCUUGUCAAAAGAUUUCACAGUUAAAAUUGGUGAUUUUGGUCUGGCCACUGUGAAAUCACAUUGGGGUGGCCUACAGCCAACCAAUCAACCAACCGGAUCUAUAUUAUGGAUGGCACCAGAAAUCAUACGUGGUACAGCACAUUCAUUCCAGAGUGAUGUUUAUGCAUAUGGAAUUGUUUUGUUUGAAGUGGCUACCGGAAUGUUACCAUAUAAUCAUCUGAAUAAUCGAGAUCAAAUACUUUAUCUAGUUGGUCGUGGUUUUCUUAAACCAAAUCUUCAACAAGUACGUGAUGAUGUGCCGAAAAAAUUCAUUGCACUCAUUCAACAAUGUAUACAACUGGAUUGUAAACAGCGGCCAUUAUUUCAUACGAUCUCCGGUCUGUUGGAAAAUAUCCAGGUGCCAAGAAUACAUAGAGCCAUAUCUUUGCCAAAUUUAAAGCUUAAAACAAAUGGUGAUUUUGAUUUCGAUACCAUCGAUAUUGAUGAUUUUCGUUCCAUUGAAUCACCAUCAUUGGUUAAUUUUAAUAAUAAUUUUCCAUUUCGUAUUAUGGCUGAAAUAUGAGCUGAAAAUUUUUUUUCAAUUUAAUUCACCAAAUUCAAGGCCAAUCCACACAAAAUACAUCCCAAAUGUGAUUAUUAUCCAUUUUUUUUUGUUUUGUUUUUGGUUGUUGAAAAUUCCAAAUGGUCACACACACAAAAAAAACUAUUUGAAUUUCAAUAAUUCAUGGUGUUUAUGUUAAUCCAAAUAUUUCAAUGAUAAUGAAUUGAUAAUAAAACUGUAAAUGUCCACCGUA